AUGAAGAAGGCAAUGAGGAGGGAUUUGUGCAUUGAUGUCUUUAAAAGCCAAAUAUACAGAGCUAAGAGAAAAGCAAAGGAGGCUAUAAUGGGAUCUCAUAAAGAGCAGUUUAUGAAGUUGUGGGAUUAUUGCAAUAUCAUCAGGGUGAGAAAUCCAGGAAGCCUUGCUUUCUUACAUGUGGAGAGCCUCAUCCAGAUGGCUGUUGUAGAAGCAGAACUAAAGGAUUCAUGGAAUUGGUUUUUAACAAAUUUGCUACAAGCUAUCGGACCAGCGGAGGCUCAUGGGUGGACUUUCAUAUCUGAUAGACAAAAGGGUCUGGUGGAGGUUUUUGAUGCCCUACUUCCAGGAGUAGACCAUAGGUUUUGUGUGCAGCAUAUGUACAAUAAGGGCUCGUUUGCUACAUCAUACACUAUGCAAGAUUGGAAAAAGAGUAUGCAAAAAAUGAAGAAUGCAAAUCUUGCUGCUUAUGAUUGGCUCAUGAAAGUGCCACAAAAAAUGUGGACAAGAUCUUAUUUCAGUCCGGAUAUCAAAUGUGAGUUGCUUUGCAAUAAUAUGUGCGAGGCAUGGAAUUGGGCAAUACUAGAUGCAAGGGAGUUACCAAUCAUUGAUCUAAUGGAGAAGAUUAGAAGGCAGAUAAUGACAAGGUUUCAAGAGAAAAGACAAUAUAUGGAAAGACAACCUGGUAUUCUAUGCCCUAAAGUGCAAGCAAAGUUGGAAGAAAUAAAAGAAAAGGCUAGACAUUGUGAGCCAUUAUGGGCUAACGAAACUAUUUUCGAAGUUAAUUGCAAUGGAAAGCAAUACACUAUGAACCUAGCAGCAACAUCUUGUGAAUGUAGGCAGUGGGAUGUCACUGGGGUUCCAUGUAAGCAUGUUGUCUCUGCAAUAUUCAAGCAAAAGUUGGAACCGGAGGAGUUUGUUCACAAGUACUUUCUAGAGGAGACCUAUAUAAGAACAUAUAGCCAAAUGAUCAUGCCUCUACCUGAUUCAUCAAUGUGGCCUAAAGUUGGGAUUGAGCCUAUAAUGCCACUUCCAUAUAGAAGACAACUAGGUAGACCUAAAAAAGUGAGAAAGAGGGCGGUUGAUGAGCCCAAGAAAGGUACAAUUAGUACAGAAGGUAAGAAGUAUAGAUAUAAGAAGUGUAAAGAGUUCAGACACAACACUCGAUCUUGCACUAAGACUGUAUGUAGAGAGGAAAUAGUUGGUGAGGGAACAAGUAAAAGCAAGGGAGGGAGACCACCAGUGAAUCGAGGAGGGAGACCACCAGUGAAUCAAAGAGGAAGAUCACUACUUGGGAGAGGUGGAAGAGCACCAGUAACUUCAGGAAAAAGCAAUGCUUCUGCCAUGAGAGGAGGUAUACCAAUUGGGAGAAGAGGAAGAUCAAUGGGUAGAGCUGGAAGGCAUUAA